AUGCAAUUCCUUCCACAACCCACAUCUCUUCCUAAUGAUAUUGACAUCACACCUCAUGUUACGGACAUCGUGCAAGUUGACAAGCACUCAUUAGACGUCAACUACUCCUCCCUACAGGAUGUAACACCUCCCCCUGCAUAUUUUUCUUUACAGCAUCAAUACCAACAUGCAGCCAAUCUAAAUCAGGGAGGGGCACUUGCUGCUUCGACACCUUCGACACCCGCCCUACAACAUGCGAGCACCAUGGACUCGUCCAUAGCAAAAGCAAAGUCGACCUUGUCCUCCAUGUCUUUCAUGAACGGAGACCGCAGAACAUCGCGCACACGUAGUGUUGGCGACAUCCCUCGUCAAACCAUCAUCAAAGCCAUGGCAUCGAGACAGCAAGGCGUCUCAGUCACCAGUGCUGGUCUUGGUCUGCACAGCUUCUCCUCUAUGUCUCAAGCCCUACAGGAAACGAGCUCGCCCUCUUCGAAACAGCACUCUCCAACUUUGGCAGCUGUUCAAGCCACACUCAGCGCUAUGCCUCCGAUUACGAUUCCAGGCGCGACACUCCCUGCCUCUUUCCUAAGAUCGCCCUGCUUCUUUCAUCAACGCUUUGAGGGCCUGGUGGACGUUCAAAAGGUCUUGGAUGAGAUCAAUGAGGAAGAGUAUAGUCACUCCCGUCUCAUGCAGACCGCAACAGGAGUUCGGGAGGUCUCGAAGCAAUUGCAACGCAAGCCUUUGAAGCGUGCGGUCAAAAGUGUUAUGAUAGUCACAAGAGCAAGAGAUAACUCUCUGGUUCAUCUCACCCGUGAUUUGACGGAGUGGUUACUUUCCUGCCCAAGAUAUGGUCAAGGUAUUGGUGUAAAUGUCUAUGUUGAUGCAAAGCUCAAGCACUCGAAGCGCUUCGAUGCAGCUGGCCUUACUGCCAAAGACCACCGCUUCCAGAAAAUGCUCCGCUACUGGACUCCUGACCUCUGUUGGAGCAGUCCAGAAAAGUUCGACCUCGUGCUAACGCUUGGUGGUGACGGUACUGUGCUCUUCACAUCCUGGCUCUUUCAACGUGUUGUACCACCCAUCCUGUCGUUCGCACUUGGCUCUCUUGGUUUCCUUACAAACUUCGAAUUCUCAAAGUACAAAGAGACCCUAAAUUCGAUCAUGGGUGAUGCCGGUAUGCGUGUCAAUCUUAGGAUGCGGUUCACAUGCACAGUCUGGCGCAAAGACACUCGACCAAACGCAGAGAAAGGGGCCGUCGAAGAAGGAGAACAAUUCGAAGUCCUAAACGAGCUUGUCAUCGAUCGAGGGCCAAGUGCCUACGUCAGUAAUCUGGAGUUAUACGGCGACGAUGAGCUCUUGACCGUAGUUCAAGCCGACGGCUGCAUCUUCAGCACACCCACCGGAAGCACAGCAUACUCUCUAUCAGCUGGUGGCAGCUUAAUACACCCAAGCAUACCAGCAAUCCUACUUACACCCAUCUGCCCCCAUACCCUCAGCUUCCGUCCAAUGGUCCUAAGCGACGCACUCUCAUUGCGCAUCGCGGUCCCCAACCGAAGCCGCAGCUCAGCAUACUGCUCCUUCGACGGCAAAGGCCGCAUAGAACUCAAGCAAGGCGACUACGUCACUCUCGAAGCUUCUCAGUACCCGUUUCCUACCGUCAUGACCGGCACAAAUGAGUGGGUUGAGUCGGUUCAGCGAGCACUGAGGUGGAACGUCAGAGGCGCAGAGCAGAAAGGGUGGGCGGAUGGCGUUGAUGGGGAAGACGAUAAAGAGGAGCAGGAAUGGGAUAUUGAUAUUGGCGAUAGUAGUGGAGUUUAUGCCGAGACGGAUUCUGGUAUCGAUAUGUCUGAGGAGGGGAGCACGAGAGGCGGGACACAGAGUCCAAGUAGGAAGGGGACUUUGAACCUGUUGAAUAUGUGA